AUGCGGUAUCAGAACUGGGACGUCCUGCUGUUUCCUGGUGACUGCAGAACCCCAAUCCAGGAAUUCGACACAAAAUGUUUCGUCCUCGACCAGAAUGCGGGCAGCAUAGGAGAAGUCGCCGCGGACAAGCACAGAAACCCAUUCGAAUCGAUGACGCUAGUUCCAAUCCUGACUUCGUUCGUUGCGAGCCUUGAGCGUGGCGCAUCCUUUAGGAUCUCAAUCCACAGCUGGGAGAAGCCCAAGCCGUCCCAGCUUUUGCUCAGCUACAAAACUCCGGACGAGUCAGCUCUAUUUGAAUCUCGUGUGUACCUUGAUGGGGUGUUGGUGGCUCAGCGUAUGUUCGACGACAACGUCUGGCCAGAAGUCAUCGGACUUGCUAAUGGAACAGACCGGAAUGGCCAGUAUCUUCGAUUCCCCAAAUUCCACCGAGAGAUCCUGCAACAGCCAGACUGGGAACCAGGUGAGCUCAUUGGUCGGAUCAAGGUCGUGAUCGCAGAAGGAGUCUUGAGGGAAAAUACCCCCCCAGCACCGUCAGCAGCCAGGUUUGACCGACUUCGCGAUGUUGUUGCCUUUUCCUUCCAGCAUGCCCCCCAGGAUGUCCUCGAGUACUCCCAGAUCGCUUGGCCGAAUGCGAAGAUGUUGGCCGAUGUGCAGAAGAAAGUAUCGCGACUAGGACCAAUUGGAUCUCGUGUCUUUGGCAUUCCAGGCCAUGAAGCGCAUUCACAUUCACCUCAGCGUUUACCGCCAAUCGCCUCACGCAGCAAGCAGCUUUCUGCCAAUGACAAGUAUCAGAAAGUCUUGGAUGCUCAGAACCGUUCGAGCUUUCAAGCUGGCCCAAGCGGCAAAGGCUUCGAUUUGAACGGACUGAAGAACGUGUCAACAGAACAACACAUCGUCGGCAGGGUUCUAUUGCAAGACGACGACCCUUUCGUCAGUUCACACCAGAGCCCAGCGGCAAUACAGCAGUGGCGAGCGAUGUUGAGAUCCACCAGCCACGAUGUUUCGAUGCCAGAUUAUACGUCCAACAAGAGUGUUUUCAAUACGGAGAUGUCUGGAGUCAGCGUCGAGCGAGCCAGCUUCGAGCAGCAAGUGAAUGAAGCCAAUCCUUACGAGAUUGUGCAGGCGCUGAGUCCGGCUCGCCGAGAGCAAUUAUUUCAAGCUCUCAUACACUUGUUGCUACCCACGCAAAGCUUUGGCAGGAGCCACGGCAACGACCUCGGACGUGCUCGGAAAGCACAGCCAGAAGCACUGCAGAGUCAAGUAUACAUCACAGCAAAGGGAACAUCAGCCCACGGAAACUACGAGAGAUGA